AUGAAGUUCAAAGGUUAUGAGAGUAAAUAUGUUCUUUCUACCACAGACCGAAAUCCCAAGACACGUCCCAUUGGCGUCACACCGCAGCAUCGGAUGUCUGACUACCAGCGGGUACGAUCUUUGCAACCUCCUGAGGUCGAAACGGAAGAUGUUGGUCGCAUAGGCAGUCGAUUUCAAUCGCGAUGGUCAAAGUGGACAUUAGUGAAUGUCUUACGCAAGUACGGACGAUUCAUCGGGCCAGGACUUAUGGUAUCAGUGUCCUACAUGGAUCCAGGAAAUUUCAGCACAGCGGUAGCGGCAGGCUCUGCACACCGGUAUAAAAUGCUGUUUUCUGUACUUGUUGCCAAUAUUAUGGCCGCAUUUUUUCAGUGUUUAUGUGCGAAAUUGGGGGCAGUAACAGGACUAGAUUUGGCUCAAAAUUGUCGCCGUCAUUUACCCACAAAUUUGAAUUUGGUGCUGUACAUUUUGGCCGAAGUGGCCAUCAUUGCCACGGAUUUGGCUGAAGUAGUCGGUACUGCUAUUUCACUUAACAUUUUGUUCAACGUGCCAUUACCUCUGGGUGUGAUUUUAACCGUUGUCGACGUGCUGGUCGUUCUUAUGGCGUACCGUCCAAACGGUUCUUUGAGACUUAUUCGGUGGUUUGAGAUUUUCGUGUCGCUGCUCGUGGUAGGAACCGUAGUUUGCUUUUCUGUCGAACUCUUUUCGGUUUCAAUCGAAAAUGUGGGUGAGGUAUUCAAGGGAUUUUUGCCGAGUAAGGCCGUUGUAGAAGGCGACGGCAUCUACCUCAGUCUCGCCAUUUUAGGUGCCACCGUGAUGCCGCACAGUUUAUAUCUUGGUUCGGGCGUGGUGCAACCAAGAUUACGCGAUUACGACGUCAACAACGGGCACUACAAACCCAGCGAAAAUGACAUCGACAACAAUCAUGACAAUUAUAAACCUUCCUUUGACGCCAUCAAUGACACCCUCACCUACACUAUAGCCGAGCUGCUUGUGUCACUGUUCACGGUAGCGUUGUUUGUUAACUGCUCUAUUUUAAUAGUGGCGGGCGCUACACUGUAUGGAUCACCGCAGGAGUCCAGUGCGGACCUUUUCACGAUCUAUGAGCUACUGUGCAAAAGUCUAUCGAAAGCGGCUGGAACGGUUUUUGUACUUGCCUUAUUGUUUUCAGGUCAAUCUGCUGGAAUUGUGUGCACUCUGAGCGGGCAAAUGGUUUCAGAAGGCUUUCUGAAUUGGACUAUCGCACCUGCGUUGCGUAGAGCCCUCACAAGAGCCGUAGCCAUCACUCCAUGUUUGAUUUUGGUCUUGGUCGCUGGACGCCGGGGCCUGAGCGGCGCCCUAAAUGCAUCCCAGGUGGUGUUGUCGUUGUUGCUGCCGUUUGUUUCUGCACCCUUACUGUAUUUCACAAGCAGCAAGAAAAUCAUGCGCGUAGAGUUGGCUAACAAUUGUUACUAUGAUGCUCGUGACAGGGGCAUACCGUUACAGAAUCUCGCUACAGGUAACGCGGAAGAAAGUACAGAAGAUGAACACGACAGCGAUAGUCUCGAUAUUGACAUCUCGCUACCGUCCCGGAAUCACAACAAUGAGAGCGGCGACAACGACAAUGAUAACGAGAACGACAACCACCUUUACGCAGACAUGAGCAACAGUGUUUUCACAACAGUGGUGGCUGUCGUAUUGUGGCUGUUCAUAUCAGCUUUGAAUUUCUACUUACUCACAAGCUUCUCGACUGGCAACGAUGUGCAUAUGUAA